AUGGCUGUAGCCGACGAAGAUGUCCUGGCGACGGUCACCGCGUCAACCACUAGCCAACCCAGAAGCCGAGUCGUCCCCACACUGGCGGACUCGUCUGCAGACCCGCCGCCACGCGUACGGAGCCUCAAGGGCUUGGGCCACCAACAGUCGUUCUUGGGUGGUACGACAUCUUCCGUACACGGAGGUUUAAUGGGUCAGGGUGUGCAAGUCAGCAGCGGCAGUACAUCCUCCUCGCGGCUAUGGGGGCCCGGGGGGAGCAGUGGAAUGGGCAAGGCGUCGUACAAGGGCAUCGAUGAGGACCGAUCGACCGGCAAAGGGCUGCUUCUGAGUUUUAUUUCCCGCGGCGGCUCAGCAGAUCUGUUCCGUUCCGAUCCGCCGAGCGUACAGCGCCGUAACAGCGCCAGCACCAGCGCCAGCACCAGCGCCAGGCGGAAGCCGUCCGCAACUGCCGCUGGCACCACCGACAAUGAGGGCGACGACGACGACGACCCCGGCGGUGACGGCUCUUCCAAAGGCCGCAUCCUUUCGGGAUCCGUACACGGCAGCAUGAAGUCGUCACUCUUAGCGCAAUUGAAGACGGCCCAGCCCAAGAGUGGCAUUUUGGGCUCAGCCACCGGCGACACCAUUCUGCCGCCGACACCGGCGGGACUGGCUGCCGUACCACUGCCUCGCGACAGCAGUGUCGCCAGCUCCGUGGACAUAUCCCUGGAGUGCCAGCAGGCUCUUUUUUAUGGGAGGAAGAAUAGCGGCAGCGCCUGGACGGACGCCACCGCCGCCGCUGCCGUCGGUGCAAGCGGCAGCGGCGGCGGCGGCGGCGGCGGCGGGUUCCUUCGAAUGUCCCAAGGCAGCAGUCACCACGGCGGAGGGGGCAGCUCGCAGGCCAACUGGGCAGCCGCUGGCAGCGGCAAUGCACCUUCUCGCUUGGCGAACAGCAGUACGGCCAUGGCGGCGCUGGGUGGCGAAUCUGACGACGCCGCCGCCGCUGCCGCAUUUCCUACCCGCAUCAUCAGUGUCCGUGCCACCAUGGGUGACGGCGGCGGCGGCGGCGGCUCUCGGCGUUCAGACGUGUCAUCAUCUGGCUGGAUGUCUGGGCCGUCGGUUCUGUACGCGCGUGAACACAGUGCCGUACCCUUAGAGGCUAGCCAGUCUAACCGCGACUUUGGCGGCAGCGGCGGCGGCGGCGGCGACCUUACGCGCGCGACCUCCGGCUGCAUUGCGCAUCAGCAGUCUCAACCCCGCCGACAGCUGUCUGAGAUUUCCAAGUCGUACAUUACACCAGUUACUUCGCCGCCGCCGCAGCCGCAGCCGCCGGCCGGCGCAGAAGGUAGCUUCCACUCAGCUAGGCCGAACGGCGCCACAUUGGGUGAACCGGCACCGAUAUCGGCGGCCGCGGCGGCGCCGGCGCUCCCCGUCGCCACGCGCAGCGCUAGCAGCCUGCUACCAUACCCCGGGCAGCAGCCGCCAGCGGUCUCUGUACGGAAUGUCGCGGGUACGACGACCUUUUCCACGGGUGGCGGCGGAGCUCCUGUCGUACCAAGGCGCGAGGCGCCACCCGCUGAUGGUUGGACGAGCGGACAGCAAAUUUCCCUGCCAGGCAGCCUGCAGGCCCAGGACGCAGGAGCCGCUGACGGCAGCGGCCGCGGCGGCUAUAGCGGCAGCGGCGCUGCAACGCCGCCGUCAGUGGUGACGGCGGCGGCGUCACUCCUGGGCAGUCGUCAUCGCCUCUCCGUCGACCGCAGCGGCGGCAGCGCCAGCGGCACUGGCGCCGCUGCGUCCGCCGCCGCCGCCGCCGCGUCCGCCCUGGAGCGGCUCCGCAGCGGCGGCGGCGGCGGCGGCACGGCCCAAUCCGAGCCGCUGGCUAAGGUUCAGCAGCUAAAAUUGAAUGGCAGCAUGAACAGGAUGUACGACGCUGGUACGUCAUCCAGGGACCUCUUCCGGGAGGGCUCCGUGCCCCAGCAGCAGCAGCAGCAGCAGCUCGCGGGUACCGUCGGCAGCCCGAGCUCUUGGUUCUCGAGACUGCAUCCAGGCGGCUGA